AUGGACGCUAUCGAUCUAACUAAAUCUGAUAGUGACGAGGACGUGCGUCUGGUGAAGCGCCAGAGGACAAGCUCACCCGACGACGAGGUAGAACUGAUUGAAAAGCCUCACACACCAGCACCGGCUGCCGCUGGCCCAGAAGUGGCUCUCGGCGAUGAGGAUCUCCUAAUCAUCAGAGCUACUGGACCGGUGUGGAACCAGGAUUUGCCACACGGCAGGACGCAGUGCGGCAAGCAUCCCUUUGUCUCAUCAAAGAGUCCCAGCAAUAGGGAACACUGCAUCAAGUGCUUCUCUUAUGUCUGCGAUGUGGAAGCGGACAAAUGCCAGCUUUGGGGGUCAGGUGCGGUAUUCAACGACCACUGCAAUGCGCAUUCAGCCAUGCAGGCCUACAGGCUACUGCGAGAGGCCCAGAAGCGCAAACCCCACUCUGGGCUGGCGCCCUCACAGCCCUCAGCCGUGCCCGUGCAGGUCCCGCCACUGCCGGACCCGAUGCAGGUUAACAGUGGAUCACAUGGUCACAGCAGCGCUCCUCAGUCAGCUCCCCCCACAGCAGCCCAGUGUGCAGCCAAGAAGGCCAAGGAGGCCUGGAAGCCUCUUGACCCGAGCAAUGUGCUGCCGGAUCCCAGCCUGAACAAGCAGAUGGUAGAGAUUGGGACCAUCCACUUGCCCAUCAAGGCAGUGGAGCCCUACACCCUGGCAGACCUGCAGGAGCGGUUAGUGCCCACAGGCAUAUGGAGCAGGUACAGGGAGAACGAGUACUACAGUCACCGCACAGCCAUUGCCAUUUCCACCGUCCAGUACAACACCGCCUUGGUGGAACUGCUGCCCCUGCCACUGCUGCAGCAUGGGUGCGAGCGAACGCCGAUGCGCGUUCGCCGUGUCACCAUCGUGAGCCACGAUGGCCGCGCCAAGCCUCUCACCAUAGGCGUCAGCGUGCACAAGGAAGCAAAGAUGUCAGAGCUGCUGGAGGCUGUCAGGCAGCACCCUGCAGCAGCAUGCAGCCCAGAGGAGGAGCUGAUCUUGGCAUACUCCACGAGGAACAAGAAUGCCUGCAUGAAGGCUACCCUCGUCCCUAGCAUGUCCACAAAGACUCAAGAGUACCAGGCCAAGCAUGGGUAUGUCGUGUUCCGUGUACCUCGCGUCAAAGCUGUCAAGGAAGAGGCGAAGCGGUCCAUUCAUGCGGUGGUGCAUGGGAAGAAAUAUAACCCUGGCAGCUACCCAGACUAUGUGGACACCGCUCACCCCAUCAUGAUCAGCCUGACUGCAGACUUGUGGAAAGGAGGCAAAGCAGCGGGGAAACAAGUGGCAGCCAUGAUUGCCGCUGCAUUGGCUCCGCAUCGCAAGCCGGACUUGCCCAACAAGCCCCCUGACCAGGGAAUGGAGCUCAUCCGCUACAGCAACUCUGGGUAUGCCACUCCAGGCAUCAGGCGCAGCUUUGACCACGCAGCGAAAAGCCUCCUUGAGCUGUCCAAUUGCAUCGAUGAGGGUGUGAUGUAUAUUGGAGCCCACUGGAAGUCUCCUGGUCUGGAACUGUAUGACACAGAGUCCUGGUCGCAGCCCGAGGUGGAUGCUAGCGCCUCUGAGGAGGUCAUGGCCGACACGGAGUUCCUGAUCAAGGAGGAGGAGGAAGCCACCAAGGCACAGGAGGAUCGGGCAAAGCUGCCAAGAGACCUGUUGAGCGAGCUGUCAUCUGCAUGCACGAAUUACCGAGCUGACCAGAUAAAAUUGGCGCAGUCGUGUCACAAGGCAUUGACGCCCCCUGUCGCAGCCUGCAAGCUCGCCAUCUUCCCAGACAGAGAGGGCGGCGCGGAGUGUGCCACCCUUGCAAUCCAGGUAUUUGUUUGGCACAGACGUGGGACAUUCAACCGCGACUUUUUCCGCUCGCCAGAUGAUUGGGCGCCUGCUGGCAAGGAGAAAAGGCGCUUCAGAUACCUGGAGAACUCAGAGUGCCUUGAAGACACCAUGCGUUUCCUGCUCAAGGACAACCCACUGGCGGAGGCUAUGGAAGAGGAGCUCAAGGCCUGUCUCUCCAAAAUGCGCUCAGUUGGGUCCAACCGCGGCGUCACGAUGCUGAUGAAAUUAAUGGAAGCCGGGGAGCGGCCGGAGGAGCCCCAGCCGCCGGGAUUGACGGUGCAGCUGCACCCGUACCAGCGCCAGUCGCUGCGCUUCAUGCUGGACAAUGAGAGCGGAGAGGGCGGCCACCGGCGCCACUUCUGGGUUCCCUGCAAGACCCCCAGCGGCUUCACCUUCUGGUGGUCGCCUAUUUUCAAUCGGGCAUGCAAGCAGGUUGCUCCAAGCCCCUGGGGCGGCUUCUUGGCUGAGGAGAUGGGCUGCGGCAAGACUGUGGAGGUUUUGGCAUUGAUCCUGUCCAACCCAGCAUCACCAGAUGUCGUGUCUGGCACUCUGGCUCCUGACGGGGUUUCCAUUCAGAGCAGGGCGACGCUGGUGGUGUGUGCUGUGUCCCUGGUGGGGCAGUGGAUGGAGGAGGCCAGGUCCAAGCUGAACGGAUCUCUGCGCAUGUACCAGUACCACGGGCAGGGCAGGAACAGGGACGUUCAGAGCCUGGCCACCGACUACGACCUCGUGGUCACCACCUACCAGACGCUGGGCUCGGACUGGAGGAUGUACACCAAGAAGGGCGGCAACACAGACGGGCGCUUCCAGCCAUUGGGGCAGAUCCACUGGCACAGGGUCGUCCUGGAUGAGAGCCACACUGUGAAGGCAGGUGGCGCACAGCAGGCAAUGGCAUGUUGUGCGCUGAAGGCAGACCGCAGGUGGUGCUGCUCAGGCACGCCGAUCUCCACGGAAGUCAGUGAUUUUAUGGGGCAGUUCAACUUCCUGGGCUGCCACCCCUUCAGCCUGAAGAACUACUUCCUUUUCCAGGCAAGCUGGUCCACCUCUCCAGAAGUCUACCUAAUUCAUAUGGUGAAGCCCACGUGGUUAUCCAGCUACAAUCACAAAUCAGAUGGUGCUGUGUGCUUGCUGUAUGCGCUGGGCCGCACAGCAAUCCGCCACACCCAGCAGCAGCGGCUCGGCGGCAUGACUGUCUGCGAGCUGCCUGAGAAAACCGAGGAGACUGUUGCAGUGGAGUUCUCAGAGGCGGAGCAGCGCUUGUACCUGCGCGUGCACAAGGAGGCCAAGGCGGAGUUUGAGAAGUACACAGCUCAGGGCAUGAACUGGGUCGUGCGCAACCUGCUGUCCAUCAUGGCCCUGCUCAGCCCCCUCCGCGCCAUCUGCUCUGGCGGCGUCCUGCGCGAGCGGGAUGUCAAGGUGCCCAGCAUGGAAGAAGCACAAGAGCAGGAGGCACAAGCUGGGGCCGACCGAAACCUGGUGGCACCCUCGGAGGAGUGCUCCAUCUGCCUGAAUGCUGACAUGGAGCGCCCCUGCCGCACUCCCUGCCUGCACUGGUUCUGCAGGGAGUGCAUCAGUGCCGAGCUGACAGUGAGGGACAAGUGCCCGCUCUGCCGCCAGCAGAUCCAGAUGGCACAGCUGACGGAGGGCGUGUCUGCCCCUCGGGAUGAGGACGAGGAAAUGGAGGAAGCCCCCACUGAUGGCGCAGCCGCCAACUUGGUUGUUUCCGAGUCCAAGCUGCGUGUGCUCCUGAAUGAGGUCUCUUUUUACUCAUGGCAUGACGAUAGAGGCACCUCAAAUGGCGCAAUGCUGGUUGCAGCUGGCGGACAUGCGUGCAAAAGAUCCGGCGGCAAAGGCGCUGAUAUUCACGCAAUCAACAGCACGCUGGAGUGGUUGAUGGCGCGGCUGACGCAGGAGGGCUAUGGCUACCGCACCAUCUCGGGCAGCAUGCCUCUGAAGAAGCGCAGCCAGGCGAUAGAAGCGUUCCAGCGGGACCCUCCCACGACGGUGUUCCUGCUGAGCAUGCGCAGUGGCGCGGUGGGGAUCAACCUGACGGCGGCCAACCACGUGUUCAUCCUGGAGCCCGCCAUGAACCCCGCGCUGGAGGACCAGGCCGUCGGCCGCGCCUUCCGCAUGGGCCAGACCCGGCCGGUCAUCGUCAAGAAGCUCUACAUCAAGGGGUCUGUGGAGGAGCGCAUCAUGGAGCUGGUGAAGGAUCGGCGAGAGGGCAAAGUGACGGGGGGCGUAGGGGACGCUGCUGGCCACUCGGAGGAGGGUGACUACAGCAGGCAUGUGCGCAAGAGCAAGAUGCGGCAGCAGGAUGUGGCCGGCGCCAUCAGCACUGACCGCCAGAACCUGCGCCUGGCAGAGCUGCAGCUGCUGUUCAAGGACCCCUUUCUGCCCAUCACAGCGGACUUGCAGCAGGCAGCAGCGGCAUAUGAUGCAGCUCCUGCAGCGGCAGAUAGCAUGGACACUAUAGAUCUAACAAAUUCUGACAGUGACGAGGAGUUUCGAUUCGCCAAGCGCCAGAGGAGGAGCGCACCCGACGAUGAUGAGGUCCAGAUUGUAGAGAAGCCUGUCACACCAGCGCCGGCCGUCGCUGGCCCAGAACCAGCUCUCGGAGAUGAGGAUCUUCUGAUCACAAGGGCCACCGGACCGAUAUGGAAUCAGGAUCUCCCGCAUAGCAGAACGCAGUGCGGCAAGCAUCCAUUUGUCGCAUCUAAGAAUGUCAGCAAUAAGGAGCACUGCAGCAAGUGCUUCUGCUUCGUCUGCGAUGUGGAGGCGGACAAGUGCCAACACUGGGGAACAGCCGCACAGACCCCUGCUGAGAUGCGGCCACGAAAGAUGGCCAUCCAGCCCCUCGAUCCAGGCACCGUUCUGCCAGACCCCGCGCAGAAUGACCGGAUGCUCGAGCUUGGAACCAUCAACUUGGCCAUCAAGGCCAAGGCGCCGUACAAUCUGGCAGACUUGCGCGAGCGUCUGGUUCCUACAGGCAUUGCAAGCAAAGAGAAUGAGUCUGCUCGUAAAGAUCGUGUGACCAUUUCAAGCCUCCACUGGUCUGAUAUGCUCGAGCUGCUGCCGCUGCCGCUGCUACAGUAUGGAUGUGAGCGGACGCCCAUGCGCGUGCGCCGCGUCACAAUUGUACACCAUGACGGCCGUGCGAAGCCUCUCACAGUGGGUGUGAGCGUGCACAAGGAUGCAAGACUCUCUGAGCUGCUGGAGGCUAUGAAGCAGCACCCUGCAGCAGCCUGCAGCCCAGAGGAGGAGCUGGUUGUGGGGUACUGCACCGGGGAGGCACCCAACCCCCUCCAUACCACCACCUUGCUGGAUGCCUCACAGGAGACCAAUGAGAAACAUGCCAAGCGAGGGUAUGUGGCAUAUCGCGUGCCGCGUGUCAACCCUGGGCAGUCCAAGCGGCCCAGAAGAGUAAUGGUCUUCAACAAGAAACGUGACCACGAGGAAUACGACAACAAGUAUGCAAGUUACUUGGACACUGCUCACACGCUGCUGCUCGACCUGCCCGGAGACCUGUGGAAGGGCGGCCAUGAUGAGAGCAAGACAGUGGCGCGCAUGGUUGCCGGGGCGCUAGCCCCAUAUCGGAAGCCCGGCUUGCCCAAGCCGGCCUUGAACCGCUGCUUCUCUCUCCACCGCUGCGACACUUCGCAUUGGAAGCCCUGCGGCCUGGAACUGUAUGAUACAGGAUCCUGGUCGCAGCCAGAAGUGGACCCCAGUGCAUCCGAGCAGGCCAUGGCCGAGACAGAGUUGCUGAUUGAGGAGGACAACAAAUUGGAGGCGGCGAGGGACGAGCGGUCACAUCUGCCAAAUCUUCUGGUCAUAGACCUUGCCGACGCAUGCAGGACCUUCCGUGCGGACCAAAGAAAGCUUCCACAGAAGUCUGGCGAACCUAUUCCUCUGGCUGCCUGUAAGCUUGCCAUCCUGCCUGCCGAAGGGGCCAACCAGGAGAUUGCCACGCUGUCAAUCCAGAUCUUCAUCUGGAAGAGCAAGGGGCCAUUCAACCGCGAGCUCUUUGAGUCAGCAGAUGAUUGGCUCAUCAAUGACAAGUGGUUUGCUGACUCAUUAGAGUCCUUAACUAUGGUCAUGGAAUAUCUGACGAGGGACGAUCCCCUGGCCGUGGCCAUGCGCGAGGAGAUGAAGGAGUGCUUCGGCAAGAUGAAGGCGUCACGACCCUACAGUGAUACGAUGCUGAUGAAAUGGCUGCAAGCUGGGGAGCGGCCGGACGCGCCGCAGCCGCCCGGGCUGACGGUGCAGCUGCACCCGUACCAGCGCCAGUCGCUGCGCUUCAUGCUCGACAACGAGAGCGGAGAGGGGGGCCACCGGCGCCACUUCUGGGUCCCCUACAAGACCCCCAGCGGUUUCACCGUCUGGUGGUCUCCCAUCUUCAAGCGAGCAUGCAGGGUGGUUGCUCCGAGCCCCUGGGGCGGCUUCCUGGCUGAGGAGAUGGGCUGUGGCAAGACCGUGGAAGUCUUGGCACUGAUCUUGGCCAACCCAGCACCACCAGAGACUGUGUCUGGCACCUCCACUUCUGAUGGCUACAUUCAGAGCAGGGCGACGCUGGUGGUGUGUGCUGUUUCCUUGGUGGGGCAGUGGAUGGAGGAGGCCAAGUCCAAGCUGAAUGGCUCACUGCACAUGUACCAGUACCACGGGCAGGGCAGGAUAAGGGAUCCAAAGCGACUGGCCGUGGACUAUGACCUCGUGGUCACCACCUACCAGACGCUGGGCUCUGACUGGAGGAUGUACACCAAGAAGGGCGGCAACACAGACGGGCGCUUCCAGCCUCUGGGCCAGAUCAAGUGGCACAGGGUCAUCCUGGACGAAAGCCACACUGUGAAAGCGGGUGGCGCACAGCAGUCGAUGGCAUGUUGUGCGCUGAAGGGAGACCGAAGGUGGUGCUGCUCUGGCACGCCAAUAUCCACAGAAAUCAGCGAGUUCAUGGGGCAAUUCAACUUCCUGGGAUGCCCUCCCUUCAGCACAAAGAACUUCUUCCAGUACCAUGUCAAGCCAACUUGGACAACAGGCGCUUAUAAUCUCACAGAUGGUGCUGUGUGCUUGCUGUAUGCGCUGCGCCGCACACUCAUUCGCCACACCCAACAGCAGCGCCUGGGCGGCAAGACUGUCUGUGAGCUGCCCAAGAAGACCGAGGAGAGCAUUGCAGUGAAUUUCUCCGAGGCGGAGCAGGGCCUCUACUUGCGCGUGCACAACGAGGCCAAGGCAGAAUUCCACAGAUAUGUUUCGCGCGGCGCGCACUACGUUGCAAAGCAUCUUCUGUCCAUCAUGAGCCUGCUGAGCCCCCUUCGCGCCAUCUGCUCUGGCGGCGUGCUGCGUGACAAGGCAAGGCCCUUUGCUCCCAUGGCGGACAGUCUUGAUGUCAAGGUGCCCAGCUUGGAUGAGGAACAGGAAGUGCCUGUGGGGGUGGACCCAAAUCUUGUAGCACCCUCAGAGGAGUGCUCCAUCUGCCUCAACCUCGAUAUGGAGCGCCCCUGCCGCACCCCAUGCAUGCACUGGUUUUGCAGGGAGUGCAUCACUGCCGAGCUCACGGUGAGGGACAAGUGCCCGCUCUGCCGCCAGCAGAUCAGUGCGGCGGAGCUCACAGAAGGAGUGAGCGUUUCCAGAGGGGAGGACGAUCAGCUGGACGCAGGCGUCAGCAGCUCAAGCACAACCACUGCAGUCGCGUCUGAGUCCAAGCUGCGCAUGCUCCUAGAUGAGCUGGCCAAGAUGCGGGAGGGCGAUCCGUCGGCCAAGGCGCUGAUAUUCACGCAGUUCAAUGCCACGCUGGAGUGGCUGAUGGCGCGGCUGACGCAGGAGGGCUAUGGCUACCGCACCAUCUCCGGCAGCAUGCCCCUCAAGAAGCGCAGUCAGGCGAUAGAGGCGUUCCAGCGCGAUCCGCCCACAACGGUGUUCCUGCUGAGCAUGCGCAGUGGCGCGGUGGGGAUCAACCUGACGGCGGCCAAUCACGUGUUCAUCCUGGAGCCCGCCAUGAACCCCGUGCUGGAGGACCAGGCCGUCGGCCGCGCCUUCCGCAUGGGCCAGACCCGGCCGGUCAUCGUGAAGAAGCUGUACAUCAAGGGAUCAGUGGAGGAGCGCAUCAUGGAGCUGGUCAACGACCGGCGCGAGGGCAAAGUGACGGGGGGCGUAGGGCCACAGGCCAGGGUGCGGCAGCAGGAUGUGGCCGGCUCAAUCAACACCGACCGCCAGAAUCUGCGCAUGGCAGAGCUGCAGCUGCUCUUCCAGGACCCCUUCAAGCCAAGCACAGCAGGUUUGGUCCAGGCAGCAGCGGCAUAUGAUGCAGCUCCUGCGCCAGCAGCAUGUGGCGGAAGCAGCUGACAGCGGCCUGCUGGCUAGCAGUAGCCACAUCUGGAUUCCAAAUUCUUCUUGGUCUGUCCACAGGCCUUGUGAUUCAACUUCAGAAGAGCAUAGCCUUGGCGGAUGGUCAGCUGCGGCGCCGGCGUGCCAAUUGUUCUGUGAUGUUGUACGAAAGCUUGUUAAACUCAAAAUGCAUACGCAGAACCCGUUACUCCACCAAGCUGCUGCGACAGCUUUAGAAUGUGUACACAUGUGCAUGCAGUGCUGGGCACUGCCAGUGAGUGGUUGGCGCGCACAAUAUAUUGUGUUAACGGGCAAAGCCAUGCCUGUGCAGUACAAAAGAAAAGAAGGCCGAUGCUGCUACUGCCUUUCUUGACCUCAUUAAGGAAGG